GCGCAGUCUUGAUUUCUGCACACUUCCCUCACUGCUGUUAUCGUAAGUUUUACAGUCAGGUGACUUCAUACGAAGAUCAGUCUACAUUGUGCAGCUAAAGCUGGACUUUUUCAUUGAACAACUGAUUCCCAGAAUACAAAAUCAUGACUAAAUACGAGGACGUUGCUGUUCACGGCUACGAGGAAUUUUGUAAAGCCGUGUCUGAAAGAAAAGGAAAAGACAUAUUCGCUUACUUCUCUGGAGAUAAAGAUGACCAGGGCACGAGCUGGUGUCCGGACUGUGUGAAAGCAGAGCCAGUGGUCAGAGGAGAGCUGACUCAUCUUCCGGAGGGAUCUGUCUUCAUUUACUGCCAAGUAGGAGACAGACCUUACUGGAAGGACCCAAAUAAUGAGUUUAAGAAGAAUCUGAAGCUGACUGGAGUCCCCACACUACUGCGCUAUGGCACGCCCCAGAAGCUGGUUGAAGAGGAGUGUUUCAAAGCAGACCUGGUUCGAAUGUUGUUCACAGAGGAUUAACGUCCUGUGAUGCAUGGCUUGAUGACAAACACAUUUCAAAUGUCCUCUGUCAAUGACUGACACCGUUUUUCUACUCUUGUCAUUUGUAAUCUGUGCUUCUGCCCUGUAAUGUUCAACGAAACAAAUUGUGGCCUGGAAUUAUGUUGUGAUUGUGCAUUUGUGUUCACUGGAAAAUUUCAUCAGUAACAUUAACAGACUUUUCAAGCUUAAUUUCAAGUGAUGCUCAAAAAAGGGACUUUGACUACAUGUUCAUGUCAGCUAUAAUAAAGUGUUAGUUCAUCCAAAAA